AUGCUCUUAGACUAUGCUCAGCUUCAUGGAUAUGAUCUUCAUGUGGAUUAUGAAUCUCACUCGACACGAGGCACUACAUGGCUCAAGUUCGAUAUGAUUGAGCGUCUCAUCAACACUUCACAGUACGAUUGGAUCUGGUGGAUAGAUUUCGACACGCUUAUUACCAACACCACUAUGAGCCUGGCAGAUAUCAUCUCUGAAAGCUUGGCAAGUUCUUCGGUGCCAGACAUGAUUGAUUUCAUAGUGACAGAUGAUUGGGCAAAAAACAGCGGAAAAUCAUGGAACGACCAAGAAUCGAUGGCGGAAUUUCUCCAGAGCAAGACUCCUCUUAUUGAGCAUGCCAUCCGCAUCCCUCAGUGGAGAAUCAACGCUUUCCCCGAAGAGAUAGGUUGCUAUGAUAGUCAUAAGAAAAAGUGGGAAAAGGGCAUGUUUGUAAUUCAUUUUGCAGGUGCCUGGGCCCAUGUUGUUGAAGAAGAUCCAACUGGCCAUUUGAUGAGGAAGUACGAAUCGCAGAUAGUCUGA